AUGGUGGACGACCUUGGCACCUCUGCGGCUGCCGGCGUCAAGAGGGAAGAAAGAAGGGAUCCCUUCUUGGCACCGAGCGUGCACUACCUGGAGACCGGCUUCUGCGAGGAGCUACAGGCUGCUGGCUUCAGCCGUGCCUCUUGCAUCUUUGAGCUCGAUCAGCCCUUGAUCCGUGCCAAAGGAGCUCAGGUGCGUUGUCCAAGGGAUGACCGUCUGGGGGCUGCCUUUGUUGACACCCUGCAGGGCGCUGACAAUGUGGGGCAUGCUACUCACAUGCUCUCCUACACAUGGCAGUACACGGUCGACUGCAUCAUCGACUCCUUGGGGGCCUGGUGCCAUCGGAAAAGCUUGAAACCCGAGCGGACGUAUGUUUGGAUGUGCUUUAUGGGAGUGAAUCAGCACAGAAUUCAGGAGUCGAGACUUGCUGGCUCUGACGUCCCGUUCGAUGAGCUCGCAGCGACAUUUGGGAGCCACGUGAGAAGCAUCGGCAAUGUGAUUGCCCUGAUGGAGCCGUGGAGAGCACCAAAGUACUGUCAGCGCGCAUGGUGUGUCUUCGAGCUCCAUGCUGCUUCGGAGCAGCCUGACUGCUGUCUGGAGAUCAUUAUGCCUCCCACAGAGGCGGAAAGCUAUGCCAAAGCAAUAUUCGAAGGCUCUGGUUUGCAGGAGCAGUGGCGGACCCUCGCCCAGACGCAGCUGCAGAAGGCCCAGGCCUCCGUUGCAGCGGACCGGGACCGGAUCCUCCAACUGGUGGAGCACAGCCCAGGCUUCUCCGAACUGAAUCGAAACGUGGUCCGGAAGCUUCAAAGCUGGUUUGCGGACGUGGCACAUGACCAGAUCCGACAGCAGAUGGAAGCCAAGUCAGCCGAGCUGGCAGGGGGCUGCCUCCAGGUAGCGGAGCUUUUUCGAUCCUUGGGCAAGCUGGAUACCGCGGACGAGUUGUUGCAGUCUGCUUCUGAUUCGCUGGAAGCAAGCUUCGAGGUAAACACUUCAUUGCACGCGGCACUGUUGGGUUUGAGGGGCCACGUGGCCCGAGAACGAGGAGACCUGGACGAGGCCACGGACCUGCUCCUCAAAGCCUACGGCAUACUGCAAGACGCUGGCAAACUGGAGUCUACUGAAGCUGCGCAAGUGUGCACACGGAUCGGUCAUGUCAAGCUGCAAAAUAAAGAUCUGGAGGGGGCCGAGUCUUUUUUCACACAGGCCUUACGUGCUCAUGAGCAAUGCAACACGCUGACGAGCUAUGACGGAGGUGUGCUGCUUCAGUCUCUCGGACACAUCCGGCGUGAACGUCAAGACCUUCCUGGAGCAUUGGUCAGCUACGAGCAGGCCCAUCAGGCACUCUGCACAAGCGAGCACAUCGAUUCGCCGCAGGGUGCAGCCUUGCUGGCCAGCAUGGGCCACAUCAGGCGCUUGCAGCACGACUUGCAAGGAGCCUUGCAGUCAUAUGCCGAGGCACGACAGCUGAUGGAGUCCAUUGGCACCUUUCAGACGACGAACGGCGCUGCUCUCCUGGUCAACGUUGGCCAUGUCCAGCGCUCUCUGGGUGACCUGGAUGCGGCCCUUGCCACGUACAAGGAAGCACGACAUGUGUUCAAGGCCUCUGGGUCUUGGAAUACCCCCGCUGCGCAGGAGUGUAAGAAGCUGAUUGGCAUGCUGCUGGCAUAG